UAAUGGAUUCCAAUUCUUCUAAACAACUCUACAAUUUUUCAACGAGUACAUUCGAUAAGGUACUCCAAAACACAACAUCAGGCUCCCAUAAAAUAAUCCCCCAACUCCAAAUACAACAAGGAACGAGUUCGGCAAUUUUAACGCAAGGACAAAUUUUGAACCCACAAAACAUUAUAGUCGUCUCAUCAAAUACUGUUGGAGCUGUUGAUGCUUCAGCCUUGCUCAGUAUUGCUCAUAAAGAAUACCAAGCUGGAAACUACGCAAAGGCUGAACAACAUUGUUUAGCUCUACUUCAACAAAAUUCACACAAUAUUGGUGUGCUUCUAUUACUGUCUUCUAUUGCUUUUCAACAGAAAAAUUAUGAAAGAUCGAUGCAAUACUCCAAUCUUGCUAUAAGAGUAAAUCCAGAAUGUGCUGAAGCUUACAGCAACUUGGGCAAUGCAUACAAAGAGAAGGGUGAUUUGACUGAAGCUCUAAAAAAUUACCAUAUUGCUGUGCGUUUAAAACCUGAUUUUAUCGAUGGAUACAUAAAUUUGGCAUCUGCUCUGGUGUAUGUUGGCGAUCUUGAACAGGCAAUUCAAGCAUAUUUGACUGCUCUUCAAUACAAUCCGGAUCUGUACUGUGUCCGAAGCGAUUUAGGCAAUCUUUUCAAGGCAAUGAAUCGUUUUGAAGAAGCAAAGGUCUGUUACCUUAAAGCUAUUGAAAUGCAACCCCAUUUUGCUGUUGCUUGGUCAAAUAUGGGCUGUGUUUUUAAUGCGCAAGGAGAACUCUGGUUAGCAUUGCACCACUUUGAGAAGGCAAUUACGCUUGAUCCCAAUUUUAUUGAUGCUCUAAUUAAUAUGGGAAAUGUGUUGAAGGAAGCACGAAUAUUUGAUAGAGCUGUCUCUUGUUAUCUACGUGCAUUAGCUCUAAAUCCCAACCACGCAGUUGUCCAUGGAAAUCUAGCUUGUGUUUAUUAUGAGCAAGGACAUUUGGAUUUGGCGAUAGAAACUUACAAAAGGGCAAUUGAACUACAACAAAAUUUCCCGGAUGCUUAUUGCAAUCUGGCUAAUGCAUUGAAAGAGAAGGGAUUGGUUAUUGAAGCGGAACAAGCUUAUAAUACUGCAUUAACUCUGUGCCCAAAUCAUGCUGAUUCUUUAAACAAUUUGGCAAAUAUAAAACGUGAGCAAGGAAAGAUUGAAGAAGCAACUCGACUUUAUUUGGAAGCUUUGAAGAUUUAUCCUGAAUUUGCAGCUGCACAUAGCAAUUUGGCUUCAAUUUUACAACAGCAAGGUCGUUUGCAAGAUGCAAUUGAACAUUACAAGGAAGCAAUAAGAAUUUCACCAACAUUUGCGGAUGCUUAUUCAAAUAUGGGAAAUACUUUAAAAGAAAUGGGUGAUGUUAAUGGAGCAUUACAAUGUUAUACUCGUGCAAUUCAAAUUAAUCCAGCAUUUGCUGAUGCACAAAGUAAUUUGGCUAGUAUUCAUAAAGAUGCUGGAAAUAUACCUGAGGCGAUUCAAAGUUACUCUACAGCAUUGAAACUUAAAAGUGAUUUCCCAGAUGCUUUUUGCAAUUUAGCUCAUUGUCUACAAAUUAUUUGUGAUUGGACUGAUUACAAUUCUCGAAUGAAAAAAUUGGUUACUAUUGUUGAGGAUCAACUUCAAAAAAAGCGUCUUCCUUCUGUUCAUCCCCAUCAUUCCAUGUUAUACCCACUCUCCCAUGAGCAGAGAAAGGCAAUUGCAAGUCGUCAUGCACAAUUGUGUAUAGAAAAAAUUCAAGUACUUCACAAACCUCCAUACAACUUUUCUGAUCGUUUCAAUAUUCGUAUGGGAAAAAAUUGUCGUCUUAAAAUUGGAUAUGUUUCUUCUGAUUUUGGAAAUCAUCCAACAAGUCAUUUAAUGCAAUCAAUUCCUGGUAUGCAUGAUCGUUCACGUGUUGAAGUUUUUUGUUAUGCUUUGUCUCCAAAUGACAACACAAAUUUUCGUCAAAAAAUAAUGCAAGAAAGUGAACAUUUUAUUGAUCUAUCUUCGAUGCCUUGUAAUGGAACAGCUGCAGAUAGAAUAAAUAAAGAUGGAAUUCAUGUUCUUAUAAAUAUGAAUGGAUACACAAAAGGUGCACGUAAUGAAAUUUUUGCGUUGAGACCGGCACCGAUUCAGGUUAUGUGGCUAGGCUAUCCCGGAACUUCUGGAGCACCUUUUAUGGACUACAUUAUUACUGAUGCUAUUACUUCCCCAAUUGAACUAGCCCAUGCAUACAGCGAGAAAUUGGCAUAUAUGCCUCAUACAUUUUUUAUUGGAGAUCAUGUUCAUAUGUUGGCACAUUUAACUGAAAGAGUAAUUGUAAAAGAUAAAGAUGGUCAACUCCCUGAACGUGACUGUCUUACAGUUGUAAAUGCAACACAAAAUGCCCUUCAACCAUUACUUUCUAGUUCUGCUUGUGAAGUUAAGACAUUUGUCCGUGAGGCUGAAGUUCAACAUGGACCAGAAAGAGAAUUCAAAAUGACAGAAGUGGUCGUACCUGUAGUUGAAGUUACGUCAACAGAACCUUUGUCACAAAUGAUUGGAAAUGGUUUAAUUGCUGCAAAUGUUAGCGGUGUCCCUAUACAAAAUGGAUUAACUACAUUAAAUACACAUGUAAAAGCUGCUACUGGAGAGGAAAUUCCUCAAACAAUUUUGGUUACAAGCCGUCAACAAUAUGGACUACCUGAUGAUGCAAUUAUUUUUUGUAAUUUUAAUCAACUUUAUAAAAUUGACCCGCCAACGCUUGAAAUGUGGGUACCAAAUUCGGUCCUCUGGCUUCUACGCUUCCCUUAUCAUGGUGAACAACACGUUAUCAGGUUUUGUGCCCAAAGAGGAAUUAAUACAAAGAAAAUUAUUUUUUCAAAUGUUGCUGCUAAAGAGGAACAUGUACGAAGAGGUCAACUAGCCGAUGUUUGUUUGGACACUCCAUUAUGUAAUGGUCAUACAACAGGAAUGGAUAUACUUUGGACUGGUACACCAAUGGUUACAAUGCCACUGGAAACCCUCGCAUCGAGAGUAGCUUCAAGUCAACUUCAUGCCCUAGGAUGCCCUGAAUUGGUUGCUCGUGAUAGAGAUGAUUAUAUUAGAAUUGCUACAAGGCUUGGGAAUGAUAGAGAAUUUCUAAAUCAAACUCGAGCAAAAGUUUGGAAGGCACGAACUACCAGUACUCUGUUCGAUGUAAAACAAUAUUGCACCGAUUUUGAAAAUUUGUUGUAUAGGAUUUGGAAACGCUACGAAGAUGGACUUCCACCGGACCACAUUCUUAACUCUUCCGAGUGA